CAUACGUAAUUAUAGACACAAAGAAAUAUGUAAGCAGAGUAAGAUUUGAAAAUAUAUCAAUGAGCAAAUAUUCCUGAAAUAAUCGUAGAGAAAACUUAAAGAAUGGCGACCAUGAAUACUUUUACUGGAUUUGAAUCGAAUAAAACAAGUGGGUUGAGUACACUAUUCAAUUUAAUUACUUUGGAAUCUUCAAAUGCCACAGAUAAUGUAACAAUGCUACCGUCGCUUGGACAGCGUCCACAUGUUCCAGUCUUUUCUAUACUAUUAUUUAUGCUUGGAGUAGUAGGGAAUAUUCUUGCAAUCGGUGUAAUAAUCCAAUCUAAAAAACAACACAAGUGGGCCGUUUUUCACAGAUUGGUCAUAGCAUUAGCUUUAACUGAUUUAAUUGGUAUUCUCACAACGUCGCCUGUAGUUUUUGCCUUCUUUGCCGGAAAAGUUGAUUUGAGAACGGAUGACUCAUUAUGCCAUUACAUGGCGUUCAUGAUGAUAUUUGCCGGAUUAGCAACCGUUCUUUUAGUUUGUGCCAUGGCUUUGGACAGAUAUUUAGCAGUACUUCAUCCAUUAAAGUAUUUCACUUUUCAUAGCUACAAUUUUGUUAAUGUAGUAAUAUUUUUGAUUUGGCUUUUUUCUUUAAUAAUGGCUAUAUUACCUUUAUUUGGCAUAAGUAAGAGCGUAGCAUAUUUUCCAUAUUCAUGGUGCUUUUUUAAUUUCUUUAGCAACAGAGUUGUAGACAAAAUAUAUACCUAUUUUUAUGCCAUACUAGGACUGGCUGCUAUUUGUAUGACGGCAUUAAUGAACAUAUGUGUUAUUGUGGGAUUUAUAUAUGGAAGAAGAAGUAUUUCGAGACGUGUAAGUACAGCGAACAAGGAAAGAUCCAGAAAAGACAUGUAUACUACCGUGUUCUUAGUAGCAAUAUUCCUGGUAUUUACAAUCUGCUGGACACCAUUUAUGGUACGAAUAAUCAUCAACCAAAGCCGGCUUGUUCCUGAAAAUAAAAAAGCGGAUUUAAUUGCAUUAUUUUUAGCAAGCUGCAAUCAAGUCCUUGAUCCCUGGGUAUAUCUUUUAUUCAGACAAGAGAUGAUUAAGCGAUUUGUCAACUUUAUCGAAAAUUCUAGAGUAGGAGUCGCAUUAAGACGUUUUGCAAGUUCUACAGGAAGAGUUAAGAGAAAAUCAUUGGGCCGUAAAAUGAACAUAAAGGAUACUCAUGUCAGAUCAUUUGCACAAAUACAGAAAGAUAAAUGUAUUGAAGUCAAUAAAAGUUCUGAAGACAACAUCAACACUGAAACUGAUAAUUUAAUAGACAAACACACAAAUAAGAAUAUGAGAGAGAAUCGAUGUGAAGGACUAGAUGCAGAAAAAAUCGUUAUGAAAAUCUUGAGAGAAGAAUUCUGAAAAAUACACCCUACAGUUAUAAAUAUUGUUUUACAUUUGCUUUGAAUAGUUGUUAAACAAAGUCGUUGAAGGAUCAUCAUGUAACUUUGGCAACCAA